GCCAUAACUCAUAUUCCAUCUUCUUCCUACCUCCUACAGCUUCAACUUCAGAAGUCAAACUCAUAUUUUCAAGAAUCCCAGGCUCCCUGACCCUAUCCAGACAAAAGGCUCUUUUAGAAAUGGCUUAAGAUUCUUUUAGGAGGAAACUACAGAAAUCAUUGAGGUCACGAGCUGUUGCUCAGAAUUGAACAAGGUGUUUGCUGUUAUCUGAAUCAUCAGGAAACUAAAGAGUACUGACUCUGGAUUGUAAUGACGGACAAAGUUUGACUCGAUGGAGUUUAGAAGAUGAGAAGUUAAAGAUUGGCAUGGAUUCAUGUUUGACAACCCCCUGGGGUGAACUUUCUUUCAGAAAAACAUGGAGGAAUUGGAUAACCACAGUUUAAGACUUGUUAUGGUUUACAUCCUUUGCUUUCUCCUGUUUAUCGGAUCAGCUUCUGCAAGUGAAGAUUUUGUGAGCAUAGCAUGCUGUGCUGAUUCAGAUUAUACAGAUCCAAAGACCUCGGUAAAUUACACAUCAGAUUUUAGUUUCUACCCAGAUAAAACAAGUUGCUUAGACACAACCAAGCCUGUGGGGAACAACGCAGGCCGUGGAAAAGCUAGAGUUUUUUAUAUAGAUGAAGGAAAAAGAUGUUACAACUUGCCAACAGCUGAGAAUCAAGUGUAUCUGCUAAGGGGCACAUUUCCAUCUGAUGAAUCUCUAAGUAAAUCUCCGAAUUCCUCUUUUGAUGUUACAAUUGGGGUUACCUCAUUAGGUGUAGUAGAGAAACCACCUCAGGACAUGGAAUUACUUGAAGGAAUUUUCAGAGCUAAGAAGAAUUAUAUAGAUUUCUGCUUAGUGAAAGACGAGGGAAGUCCAUACAUUUCACUGAUUGAACUGAGGCCACUGGAUGAAGAGUACCUACAGGAUUCCCCUUCUAGUGCCCUGAAACUGAUCGCAAGAAAUAACCUAGAGGCCAACGGAGAUGACAUCAGGCACCCACUUGACAAAACUGACAGAAUCUGGAAAGCUACUUCAAGUCCUUCAUCUUCUCCCAUAACAUCAUCCAAUGCGAGCAUUUCCAGUCACAAUGCUAAUUCGACACCUCCUCUUCAAGUCCUACGAACCGCUCUUACGCAUCCUGAGAAACUGGAAUUCAUCCACAACGGCCUCGACCGUGGGAAUUCCAAAUACCGUGUGUUUCUCCACUUUCUUGAAUUGAAUAAGAGUGUCACACUAGGCAAAAGAGUGUUUGAUAUCUACGUAAACGGUGUCAUCAAAGAGCCGAAGUUUGACAUAUUUGCUGGCGGAUCGAACUAUAGACAAGCUGUUUUGAACUUCUCGGCAAAUGGUUCGCUGAAUCUAACCUUGAGCAAGGCCUCUGGGUCUGAGAAUGGACCGCUUUGUAAUGCAUACGAGAUCCUGAAGUUUAUCCCUUGGAUGCAGGAGGCCAACCAAACAGACACGGAAGUGAUGUUGAAGGUGAGAGAGCAAUUGCUAGAGAAUAACAGAGGAAAUGAAGAACUGGAGCGUUGGAGUGGAGACCCAUGCAUACUGUUCCCUGGGCAACAUGUAGUAUGCGACCGUUUAGGUGGUCAACUUGUUAUCACUAAACUGGAUCUUUCGUCAAGUAAUCUCCGAGGACCGAUUCCUUCCAGUAUCACUGAGUUGUCCAACUUGAGAAUAUUGAACCUGAGCUAUAAUAGCUUAACUGGGAACAUUCCCUUAUUUCCACAUUCAUCUUUGCUUACAUCAAUAGAUCUGAGCCACAAUGAUCUCACAGGAUCUCUUCCAUGGAGCCUUCCCUUACUGCCACAACUAAAGUCCUUGUAUUUUGGCUGCAAUAAGCGCAUGAACAAGGAGGUUCCAACUUCCUUGAACAGCUUAGCCAAUACAGAUUAUGGAAGCUGUAAAGCUGGAGAAGCAGGAAUUUCCCAAAAGCACAUCAUCAUUGGAACCGUUACAUGUGGAUUGCUCCUGAUUAUUUUGGCUAUUGGAAUUCUUUUGGGUUGCAAUAAAAGAGGAAAAUUAGUCCCCUGGGGAACAUCUGAUGAAAAGGGAUACCCAAGAACCACAAAUUUGAUUUUCUCUUUGAGCGGUAAAGAUGAUUUCAUCUUUAAGUCGGUAUCCAUUCAAACAUUCACCCUGGAAUACAUAGAGGCAGCCACCCAAAACUACAAAACUUUGAUUGGUGAAGGAGGGUUUGGGUCUGUUUACCGUGGCACUCUAGAAGAUGGCCAAGAAGUUGCAGUGAAGGUCCGUUCAGCCACAUCAACUCAGGGAACUCGUGAGUUUGACAACGAGGUAAACUUGCUCUCUGCCAUACGGCAUGAGAACCUGGUGCCACUUAUCGGUUACUGUUAUGAAAGGGAUCAACAAAUUCUCGUGUAUCCUUUCAUGUCUAAUGGUUCUUUACAAGAUAGGCUUUAUGGGGAACCCGCAAAGAGAAAACCAUUAGACUGGCCAACCAGGUUAUCUAUUGCUCUUGGUGCAGGUCGAGGUUUGUCAUAUCUUCACACAUUUUCGGGACGUUCUGUUAUACACAGAGAUGUGAAAUCAAGCAAUAUUCUUCUGGAUCACAGCAUGUGUGCCAAGGUAGCAGACUUUGGUUUCUCAAAAUAUGCUCCCCAGGAAGGAGACAGUGGUGCUUCUCUUGAAGUAAGAGGAACGGCAGGAUAUAUGGACCCUGAGUACUAUACGACCCAGCAAUUAUCUGCAAAGAGUGAUGUCUUUAGCUUUGGCAUGGUUUUACUUGAAAUUGUGAGUGGCCGGGAACCUCUCAACACGCAAAGACCACGGAAUGAGUGGAACUUGGUGGAAUGGGCUAAACCGUAUAUACGGGCGUCGAAGAUCGAUGAAAUUGUGGAUCCUAGCAUCAAGGGAGGAUAUCAUGCAGAGGCCAUGUGGAGAGUAGUGGAAACAGCAUUAGCGUGUAUUGAACCAUUCUCAGUACAUCGACCAAGCAUGGGUGAUAUUGUCCGUGAGUUGGAGGAUGCUCUGAUUAUAGAAAACAAUGCAUCAGAAUACAUGAAGUCCAUAGAAAGCCUUGGAGGAUCAAAUCGCAACUCCAUUGUCAUGGAGAAGAAGAUGGCAGCCCCAUCUCCAUCAACAACAGAAUCAGCCAUCUCGCCCAAAACCUUGUCCCACCCACAGCCCAGAUAGCAAAUACGGGCGAAUGAGAAUUCUUUGAUUCGUUACUGAUACUAGUCAUGUCACAUUGAGACAAUACUAACAGUGCACUACAACCUUGCUUAGCUUUCUUUAUGCUGGGGGUAAGAAGGAAUGGAUUCAGAUCAAAAAAUGCGACUAAAAAUAUGUUACGGAUGGGAAACUUCGGUUGCAAAACUGACACGUAAAGAAUGCCUACAUCGGGGUUCGGCUGUGAUUCUUUCGUUCAUCGUCAACUCCUGGACAGCUCAACCUGAAAACUGCAGAGUGCUUCCAUUUUCCCUUUCUGUUUUAUUUUGUUUUGUCUAACAUCAAUUUCUGUAACGAGUUUAAUAUAUUGAACUCAAGGGUCUGGACUCGGUUUGUAAUAUGAAGACGCAAGACUCGAGGGGUAGAAAACUAGAACUUUGAUGCUUUCGUCACGGAUUGUUUCUUUAUGAAUCAUCAUUCAUUAAAGUUUAAAGUCAAUCUCUUAUAAUA